AUGCCUUGGCGGCCAUUACCCCGGAUCGCUUUCGCGGUCGCCGUCUAUCCAUUUCAGCCUUCGUCACCCGCAGAUCUUCCUCUCGAGCUCGGAGACGAGUUGUACAUAAUUGAGCAAGGGGGCAAAGAUGGCGCGUGGUAUAGAGGGUACCUGGUUGCACCGCCCUCACUGUUAGCAGGGCUCACCAGCGUCAAGGGCCAGACGCUGGAAGCUCGAGUGUUCUCCGGAAUUUUCCCCAAAAACUGUGUAGAGGUCCGGGAGGUCCUCGAAGAAGCCGAUAAAAGCAAAGAAAACGGAACGAACAGUGCGGAACUGGUGCAUGUUAACGGCACUUUGAAACCCAUGGCGGAUGGCGGCAAAACGAACAGUGCUAAUGGCCUCGGCGAUUUAAAGUCUUCUCGAAAAACGUCCCAGAUAACAGUCAUCAGGUUAGAAGAAGACCCGAAGAAACGUCGUUCUGGAUCCCCUCUACAGUCACCUUCUAUGGCAUUGACACCUCGCUCUACAAGCUCACGAGAUCCUCUUGCUCCCAGACCACCUGCACCUGUCCCGAUGCUUAAAAUCGGGGAUGAAACGCCUACGUCUUUAUCAGAGCCUUUGGUUGAUGAGAUUGCGUCGUGUCUACGGGAGUGGCAUUCGACAAACAUACACGAACUUCUGUUGGCCAGACAAUACACUGCGUUGGAAGAUAUGUCAAAUAUUGUUCUAGAGUUGGAUCUUGCACGGCGACAACUGCUUCAUAACGUUUUGACAGCCCAGGAACGGGCAUCACUACGAGAAGCAACCGUUUGGAACUUGGUACGCGGGAAUAAAACCUUAAAUGGAGAUGUUAUCGUUCGCGAUCCAAAGCAAAGGGGCCGCCUCCUCACCGGUGAGGAUUCAGCGAUCGACGUGGCAAAGCUUCAAUCUGAGAUGAGCAUGCUCGAUGGUGAGACAAAGCCAAAUGUGGAUGCCGUCUCCCUGCACCAUUUGCUACUUGAAGUAAAUGCAGUCACAGGAACAAAGGCCGGCUCGGUAUCUCUUGCGAUAAGCCUUUGGCUUCAAAAUGCAAAGGGAGAUAUGAAGCAAUUAACGGAAUCGUACGCUUUGGAAAUUCCCUCGGCGGAGACCUUCGCUACAAUGGCCCAAAACGGAACCUUAAAGACUCUCUUUACGGAACUAAACGCUGCGGAUAUUGGUGAUAACUCUGCCUCAGGCUCAAAAAUAUAUCUCGUCAUUAAGGUGUUUAACCCCGAAUCCGCCAGACCUAGCUUCACAUCUAGCUCACGCGCGUCAUCUCGUGAUGGGACACCAGCUACCAAAGCAGCACCAGCAUUAAAUAAUGCGAGUAAGGGUAGUUUGAAGUCAAGACGGAGCAUGAUGUGGGGGCCGAAACCAAAAGGGUUAUCGCAUCUUGAUCAAAACGAAAUUGCCCGAUCCUCACAACCAAGUGAAGCCGCAGGAAACGGAUCCGGAAAUCCUGAAAAGCCAGUCAAAGAAGUCCCUGUCUCGCGUCUGGCUGGCAUUGGCGUUCUCGAGAUCGGCUCUAUACUUAAAGCGGACAAAGAUGUGGAUCAUGUUAUAAACAUCUGGUCUCCAUUAGGCCUUACCGAUGAAGAAGACAACUAUGCGGAAGGAUUUGACAAUGUUAUUCGCUCGCUUUUACCCAGCCCCACGAGCAGGUAUGGCAGAUGCUAUCGCGCAUCGAGACUACAUAUCCACCUUUACGCUUUUGCGAGCGACGAUACGGAGAGCCUUAUUCGAAACAAUCCCACACUGCUUCAUAAAGUCGCUCAAACGAGAAGAAUUGGUUUUCCAGCUGCUCCUACCAAACCUCGAUCUGACAUAUACGUAAACUUGUCAAAGGUCAAUAUCUCUCAGGAUGCUUUACUUUCUCACCCAAUAAAUGGCCAGGUUGCCGUUCCUCAGAUCACCGGGUUGAGGAACUUGCAACUUACUAUAGAAGCGCGAAAUGCAUCUGGAGCCAGGAUUGAGCAUUGCAUCUACCCGUCUUCAAAUUCCUCAGGACUGACGGCAUGGAGAACAACAGUUGCAGAAAGAGGUUCUGGCUGGAACCAAGUAAUUCGCUUAAAUAUUCCAUCAGACCAAGUUCAGGGUUCUCAUUUGAUCAUGAGUGUGGCGGACGCUCCGGAAUUUCCCUUUGCGUUGAGCUGGAUGCCCCUUUGGGACCAGCAGGCUUUUAUGAGAGAUGGGCGUCAUUCAUUACUUUUACAUGCGUAUGAUAAGCAUACCUCGAGUGUCGAAAAUGGAAAGGGAUCAUAUUUAUCCUUACCUUGGAGCGCACUUGGAAAAAACGAAUCAACGAAAGAUGAAGCUGUGACAGGACCACUUGCGACUCUAGCUCUCGAGACCGAACUCUGCAGUACGGAAUACUCCCAGGAUCAGGUUUUGCUGGGGCUAGUGAACUGGAAAGAAAAGCCGGCGACUCAACUCCUCGAGCUUCUAAGAAGAAUCGUAUUUGUCCCUGAGAUCGAGAUUGUUAAGCAGCUUCGGGAUGUCUUCGAUGCCUUGUUUGGUAUCAUGGUUGAGCAGGCCGGUAACGAAGAGUUCGAGGAUCUAAUAUUCAGUGACCUCGUCACAGUCCUUGGUAUUGUGCACGACCGUCGGUUCAACCUAGGACCCCUAGUGGAUAAAUAUGCGGAAUAUCAAUUCAACUUCCCGUUUGCUACUCCAUGCCUUCUACGAAGUCUCUUGCGCCUGCUCCAAGCCACCACAGAUCCACAGCAGGCUCGGAAUCUUCGUGCAGCUUUCAAAGUCGGCAGACACCUCUUGAAGUUCAUCAUCAAUGCUAGGGGCCAACAGAAAGCUAAGGAGGAGUGCAUUGGCAUCACAAAUAUCCAGUCGACCUUUAAUCGCGAUCUCCACUCUAUCUUCGAAUCUGUGGAGUCUCUCAUGCAAAAUCCAGCGCCGAAUUUGGUGGGCAGCAAGACUCUGGCCGUGCAGCACUUCCACACCUGGCUUCCUGAGCUCCUAAACGCAUUAAACAAAGACGAGGUUAUCAAAAUUGCCUUUAGCUUCAUGGAUGCCUGCAAAGAUGUUAAAAACAUGUUGGUUCUCUAUAAACUUGUACUCAUUUUGAAUUAUACAAGGCUUCCCUUGUUUGCAGGAGAGGACAAGCGGAAACUUCUCGUCUCCAAAAGCAUCCAGUGGCUCGCACCUUACUGGGGAGAAACACCGGAAGUCACCGACCAAUAUCGAGAUCAGGUUCGUCUUUGUUCAUCUGUCGUAGCAGAACAGCUCCAAAAUCCCGGACCAGAGCUUUUCGAGUAUAUGCCAAAGGCCGUUGCAUCGUACUGCGCUAUCGUCGCCGACGGUGUCGAUGAGACUGAAUGGCUAUCUCUGCUCUUUAGCAAGGCCUUUCCGUUCCAACUAAAACAGUCGAAAACUAAGCAAAAAUUCGACGAAGCGCUAGUGGAGCUUUCUGCAAUCAUCGCCGCAAUGUCUAAAUUGCCGAAGCAGAAAGAAUUGUCGCUCUCCCAAGAUGAACUAGCAGUUUUUCUAUCCCACACAUUCCAUGCUCACAAAUCCGUCCUCAGCUGCGAAGCAUAUCCAGCAACAUGGCUAAGCUUGCAUAUUUACCAUCAUCAAUCUAUCAUGAAGAGUUUGGAGGAUCUUUCUUCCAUCCUCAUCAAAUCAUUCCUUCCUACUCCCGACGAAGCUGAUACUUUCGAUAUGGAGCUGUGGAGGCUAUUUUUCACCACGCUCUUGAAGCUUGUGUCGAGCGACGCCCUGGCCCUAGAAACUUUCCCUGAGCAGAGACGGCGGGCUGUAUGGAAGAUUGCGGGAGAUGUCCGUGAACACGGGGCGGAAUUGCUUCAAAAGACAUGGCGGUCUAUCGGUUGGGAUACGACUAUUGAGGAGCGAGCCCGGUACGGAUUGAUAAAACUCGGAGGUUAUCAAGUGCAAUACGUCCCUGGCCUUGUCCCACCAAUUAUUGAGCUUUGUCUCAGCGUCCAUGAAGGCCCUCGGCGUGUUGCCGUCGAAAUUUUACAGACCAUGAUCGUAAGCGAAUGGCAGCUAAACGAGGACCUCUCAAUGAUUGAAGCAGAGAUAAUAUCCAGCCUUGAUGAACUGUUCAAGACCAAGCAUCUCACGGAAAGCAUUACUCAGAAACUGUUUAUAAACGAGCUGCUUGGAUUGUUCGAAACAAGCUCUUCCACUCCUGAUGCCGAAUUGAUGGUCACGUUAAAAGAGCUCAUUGCAACUGUGGAUGAAUUAUUGGAUCUCCUGGUUGCUUCUCACAACGGGAAUAUCACGGAAAGCCUUAAUACUAUUAAGCUUAUGGAGUUCAUGAAGGACAUGGAGCGGGAAGACAUCUUUAUUCGAUAUGUCCAUGAGUUAGCACAUGGACAAGCUGGAGCACGAAACUACACCGAAGCUGGCCUUGCUCUUCAAUUCCACGCCGACCUUUACGAUUGGGACACAUCAAAGACUGUUCCUGCACUUGCAAAUCCGUUCUUUCCUGAACAAACGGCCUUCGAACGAAAAGAGGCACUAUAUUUUGAGAUUAUUCAACACUUCGAAGACGGAAAAGCUUGGGCCCACGCAUUGUCGUGCUAUCGGGAGCUCGCAGACCAUUACGAACACACGAUAAUUGACUUCUCGAAACUAUCGAGGACGCAGGCGUCCAUGGCUCGAAUCUACGAAGCAAUCGUGAAGGAGGACAUUUUAAUUUCGAGAUAUUUCCGUGUCACAUUCAAAGGUCUCGGCUUCCCACCCACUCUACGAGACAAGCAGUAUAUUUUCGAAGGAUCACCCUCCGACCGCAUGGUCACCUUCACUGACCGCAUGCAAAAGCAAUACCCUGCCGCUCAAAUUGUUCACUCCAAUGAGAUUGAAGAUCUUGAAGGCCAAUUCCUUCAGAUUUCUCCUGUCAGUGUACACAAGGACAUGAAUCAUCCAGUGUACCAGCGCCCAAAAGUUCCACAAUCAGUUCGAGAACAUCUGUUGACUGCUAUGACUUCUAACUUUUCUGUCACAUCUAAGAAGCAUAUGGGUGGCAAUCAGGUAAAAGAACAAUACGUGACAAAGGCAGUGUUCACAACAGCAGAACCGUUUCCUAAUGUUCUAAGGAGAAGCGAAAUUGUCGAAACCGAAGAAGUAGUUUUGACACCGCUGCAAACAGCUGUUGAGCGCACGUCUAGGAAGACACAGGAACUGCUAAUCCUUGAAAAGAGGAUUUCCUCUGGAGAUGAUACGAGCCUGACAAGCCUAACGGAGAUUCUUGGCCACAUGCUAGAUAUUCAAUCCUCUGCACCAACAUGUGUUGCCCAGUAUCGGGAGUUCUUGGUUGAUGAACCGAAAAUACAUCUUGAAUAUGACACAGAAGAUUUCGAAUCCGUGCCUCCCGUGGAUCCGCUUAAAAAUGCACUCGCCGUUGCAUUGGUCGAUCAUGCUCUUGCCAUGAAGCGGUGUAUCGCCUUGUAUUCACAGCCAACGUACGAGGCUACGCAUAAUGAGCUUACCCAACGGCUAGAAGCUGCUUUUGCACCUGAGCUUGCUACUCUCGCAACUUCGCCUUCGCAACAGUCACAACCUGACUCAUCCAGCCACUUCAAUCCUCGAAUCGAUCCAUUUACAAGUGGAAGCAUUUCGGGCUCGCCAUCAUCCCAACCUCGAUUACCUAGCCCCAAAUUAGAAUUAGGACGGCCUUCCCACGAUAGCACCGCAAAGCCAACAGACAAACCGCCAGCUAGCAACCGUCUAAGCCUCAACCUAUUCAAACGCUCGAAUCACGCACCAUCUAGUUCAAACGCGACCAUUACGGCAAUUAAUGCCGUUAUUACUCCUCAGAAAGAUCAGAAUAGACACGACACUACCCAUAUAACCGGCAUCUCUUCCGAUCGUCGAAUUAAGACACCAAAGUCUGCUAGCGUAAAAUCCGAUCACGGUCGUGAGCCGGAAUCUUUUAAUCGGGAUCGCAGUCAUUCGCGCGGUGGAAAGAGUGAUACAAGCCGAAAACGAAGAAGCUUCUUUAGCACCAACGAGAAGAGCGCAGUUGGAGCUAUUGAAGUACAUAGAAAUGCCGCUUCAGUUCCACCCGCAAGUCCACCCACAGAAGACAUGCGCACGACGCAGCAAAGAAUAAUGGAGCGAGCAAAUAAAUCCCGGGCGCAACAGAAUCAACAGGAUGCAGGCCGGUGCAAUUCCACUCCCAACAACGCUGUCCAACGGGGAGGGCAGCAAAACGGUUCAGGCGACAGUUGCCCAAGGACAUCAGACAAGGGCACGGGGCGUCCAAAGACAGCUCACAGUUCUAACAGCGAACACGGCAUAAGCAGUGGUGGAGUACGAGAUUCUGUGAUGAAAAGGUUCAGCUUGUUGAAAGUAGGCCGCAAAGCUAGCAAAGCUAAUUUCCGUGAUGGCAACCUUGGAGGCAUCCUAAAAGAGGAGUGA